AUGUCUCCAGUCCCAGAACCCAUCCUCCAAGCCCUCUCCCUCCCCAAAGAUUCCUCCCUCUCAACCACUCCAGGCUCUGGCUUCACAAGCACAGCAACAAUCCACACCAAAUCGCCCACAAAAACAGACCCCCAAGAGCAUACCCACUUCCUAAAGACCUCUCCGAACGGCUCCAGCGCCUCAGAAAUGUUCACCGGCGAGUCAACCUCCCUAAACGCCAUCGCCACCUCAGUCCCAGGCUUCUGCCCCAAAGCCCUAGCCCACGGCGCUCUCGACGCCAAAACCCACUACCUAGCCACCGAAUACCUAAACCUAGGCGAACCAGGCAAAUCCAAAGGCGAAGCCAGCCUCGUGCACCGUCUAGGCAAACUGCACAGCACUCCAGCACCCGCAGAUCCAGAAACCGGCCGCGUACGCUUUGGCUUCCCGGUCCCGACGUUCUGCGGCGACACCAAGCAGCCGAACACAUUCCACGAUAGCUGGUGUGAGUUCUACGCCAAGGAGCGGCUUCUCACUGUAUUGGCUACGUCUGAGGAGAGGAAUGGGGCGGACACGGCGCUGCGGGAUGCCGUGGAGAAGACGGUGGAUGUUGUUGUGCCGCGGCUGCUUGGGGAUGGGCAUUUAGGGUUUGAUGCUGCGGGUGUUGGGAAGGGGAUUGUGCCUGUUGUUGUUCAUGGGGAUUUGUGGAGUGGAAAUGUUGGUCGGGGCCGGAUUGGGGGUGGGGAGGUCGGGGAUGUGGUUUAUGAUCCUUCGGCUUGCUAUGCGCAUAGUGAGUUUGAGUUGGGGAUUAUGAAAAUGUUUGGUGGGUUUGGGGGAAGGUUUUUUGAGGAGUAUCAUAAGCUUGUGCCGAAGACGGAGCCGGUGGAGGAAUAUGGGGAUCGGGUUGAGUUGUAUGAGUUGUGA